AUGGUGGAACAGCAAGUGCUAACUAGUUUGAACAACAACUCAGCGUAUGUCUAUGAAAUUCCUGAUGAUGUUUUUGAAGAAUUAACGUUUAUUGAAUCGCUAAGGGAGACAAGCCCACAGCAGCCAUUUUUGUUUCCUGAGGAUAAAGUGGAUUCAGAAAAAUGGUUUGUUGAAGAAAACUUGAUUGAAAUAACAAAUAAACGACGCAGUCUUAAAUUACACGAGUUUUUUCGUUUGAUACUGAACAAACCGAAAUAUCGGGAUUACGUGACAUACAUGGAUCGAGACAAGGGCAUAUUUAAAAUUCUCAAACCGAAAAAGGUGGCUGAAAAAUGGAAACAAGCAAAGGGACGAAUUACAAGCCACGAAAUGACAUAUGAAAAACUGGCGAGGGCUUUGAGACUGUAUUACAGAUCUGGUGAAAUGCUACAAACACCGGGAAAAUAUCAGUUUCGAUUUGGUCCAAAAUCUGGAUUUGGUACAGUGUGGCUACCAAAACAGUUUACAUAG